CAAACACACACACACCCACACACUCCUCAGCGCACGCAUAAUGGCGUCGCUACUCAAAUCGCGCCUCUCCCACGCGUCGUCCAAUUGCAGUCUCACCUCGCUCGAAUCUGCUCUCGCCAGCUUCCGCAUCUCUCCCGCCGUAUGUACCAAUAGCCGCAUACCGACAGGACGAAGAAACGCAUCGCAUCAAGCCCAAGGACGAGCCAACGGCGCCAAAGAUGGCCCAGGAAAGCGACUGGGAGCAAAGAAGAGUGGAGGUCAAUACGUCGUGCCCGGCAACAUUCUCUUCAGACAACGAGGGACGCUAUGGUUCCCAGGCGACAACUGCUACAUGGGACGAGAUCAUACCAUCCACGCCGGUCAACCAGGCUACGUGAUCUACUACCGCGAUCCUCUAAAACACCCGCACCGGAAAUACAUUGGCAUCGUAUUUGACCGUAGCCAGACCCUCCCGCAAGCACCAAAUACCCCUCGAAGACGGAAACUGGGCAUGCUCGCCUACCAAAACCCCAAGACAGCAGUAUCAUCACCAGGAACUACAGGCGGACUGACCUUCGCCGCGCCACCGGACACACCUGGUGCCGCAUCCUCACCUGCGACCAUCAUCAAAGAUGUACCAAACGCCUCACGAGACGUCACAGUCAUGCGGGGCCCCAAAGGAGAGCAACAGGAAAUCAAUUAUCGUUUCAUCCCGGGGAGGUACAUGUAUAAAGAAGCCAAUUGGGAGAUUGGAAGAGCUGCGGAAAGGAGUAAAGUUGCCAUGGCUGUAAAGCCUUUCGUACCAGGCGAUAGAUUUGCGGCGUGGAGGAAGAGAAAUGCAAGAAAGGCGAGGUCUGCGGAGAGGAGGGCCCUGAGUAGAGGCGGAAAGAAGGCGAAGAAGUAAAACGUACCGAUCACGAGGGAAAAAAAGACUUGUACAGAUACUUUGUCAUGUGUAUGAUGGACGGCAUCCAGAUGCGCUGUCGAUGAUAUUACAGGUGGUAUGAGAUGACCACACUCUACAAUCAUGCUUCACCCGUUGUUGAUUUGGUCGUGGGCAUGGCUGCUGACUUAUAACACAGUCCUGUCUGCUGCACAGCACACCUGAUGCGUGCAAUCAUCUCAUCUCACAGGCAAGGCAUAAAAUCUCUGAUCUAAUCGUGUAGAAAACACUAAACCAAACCAAACCACAUCUUC